GAUUUGAAAACUCUGUUAAUAUAAGAUUGCAGACCCUAAAUUUUAGAAUAUUACAUUCCACCCCAAAUUUGAUUUUAUUGGCUAAAGAACCCAUUAAUUAAAAUGGGGUCAAAAGAGCCCAAACCCAGCCCAUUUAGCUUCAUAUGGCGAAGAGAAGAACGACUACGGCGAGUAACUGAUCUCCGGCUAGAAAAAACCACGACCACCGCUCUUGUUCUGUCUCAACCUAAACUAAGGCAUCGUGAAACACCCGAUUCGGGCGAAAGCAAACACGGGUUUGGGUUAUUAGGAUUUUUUGAACUAAGCCUACAAAGUUCCAUUCGUUUGUUUUUAUUUUUUCAAAUUUCCGGUACGGUAUCACGGUUCGGAACCAACCGGGUUGGGAUCGAUUCGGUUCGGUUAGGGUAUAUAAAGAAUUGGAGGGGGAGUUAAUUUUGUUUCUGGGAGAAUUUGGGGGCGGGGGCAGAGAGAGGUACCUUUCUGUAAAACGUUAGGGUUGGGUGAGAAUGUCUGACGUGGAGAUGAAGGAAGAAAGCAGUGACACCUUGAGUGUUAAGGAACUCGAUGUUGUUCUACCACGGUACCAGCCGUUUAAUGGAUAUACAUCACCCUUCGACUUUAUUUUACCACCGUACAAACAGUUUCAUGGAUCAUCAAAAGUUUGUAAACCUCCUCCUCCCCAAGAGCUGAUCCCCGUUAAGGAGGCCGAGGCAGAGCUCGAAAACUUGCACCUUCCUAGUUCUGAAGAGGAGGAUUUUGAUGCUGUUCUACCACUGGAUUUAAUGAUAUCACCAUCAUUGGAUGCGAAUCUACCACUGGAUUUAAUGGUAUCACCAUCAAUGAAUCCGAACUCUACACCAGAUUAUGACUUCUCCAAUUAUCCUCAGUUCAGUGCUCCUUGUCAAGUUACUUAUACUCCCACUCCUCCCGGCGGUCACUUGGUUUUGUCUUACAACAGCCGUAAUGAUGCUUUGUAUGCAUGCGGAGCCUCUGCUCUGCGCCAAAAUUGGACUUCAUUGCUACAAUCUCGAAAAUGUAACGUUUGUUACUGCGUCUUGCCUACCUAA